UCUUGGCCGGACUCUGGACUUAGGUCAAUGGAAGCAGGGCCUCCACACCUGGAGGCCGGUCCAGUGUCCAAGGGGCCUCCCUCUAGUCCCGCUGAGAGGACGGCUUUGGCGGAAAGGGCCAAUCCGGAAACCUGAGGGCGGGGUCCUUGGGACCACCUAGGGCCCGCCCCAAACGUGCCUGGCCCACUGUGUCCCCUGCUUCCUCUUCCCCUACCAGCCAGUCCGGUCUUUACAUGCUCAGCCCUGGACACCUCCUCCUGGAAGCCCCCUGGGCGGGCUGUCGGAGCGAUCGCGGACUGAGUGCUUUAUAGGAAGCCAGGGCUGGGCAAGGUGGCCGGGGCUGAGCCGGGACCCCGCCCCUAGCUCGGGCCUCAGACCCAUCCCUCUUCUGCUGUCCUUUCCUGCAGCUUCCGCCCGUGCUCUGACCUCGUGCUGCAGUUUCACCUGAGAACUUCUCUCGGUUCCUGGGACUUCCUCACCUUGGAACAUCCCUCUGCCAUGCUGGCCCACUUCUCCCACUGGUAAAUUCCCCCAAAAUGUCCGGGUGGGAAGAAGAGAAGAGAGUGACUAGUGCAGUCAACCACAAUGUCAACAGCCAAUAGAGAGAAGCGAAUGAGACGUUCAUCUGGAACUGGGGAAUCAGUGACAUUCAAGGAUGUGGCCGUGGACUUCACCCCAGAGGAGUGGGGAUGCCUGGGCCCUUCUGAGAAGAAGCUGUACAGGGAUGUGAUGCUGGAGAAUUAUGGGCACCUGGUCCAUCUGGGACUCGCUGUCUCCAAGCCAGAUGUGAUCUGCCACUUGGAGAGAGGGAGCCGUCCUUGGAAGCCAGUGAUUAAAGUCCCAAGGAACAGCUUUCCAGACUAUUGUGAGGAUGAAUGUGAAAGAACUUCCCAAAGAUGUGAUUCUGAUGGUGAGACUAGGUCGGAAACCAUGGGGUCAUCUGUAAAGGGGAACAUUUCUCUAGAGACAUUUUCUCAGAAAAAUCUCAAAAAGGCUAGUGUGUUGACCUCCAGCACGAGAGAAGCCUGGAAAUGUGGUACUGGUUUGGGCAGGCAUCGAAGCUCUAAGGAGGAACAUUCGUGCGAUCCUUAUAUUUUCACCAUGGCUGGCGGCAAACGUGUUCUGGAGGGGAAAAGUGAGCCAUCUCGUAAGCGCAAGUCAAUAGACUUGGAAAUGAAAAUGAACAUAAUUAGAAAAUACGAAGGAGGACAAAAAUUGUCAUCGAUAGCACGUGAACUUGGCCUUGCCGUGUCAACUGUGAACACCAUAGUGAAGGAUGCUGCCCGGAUAAAGGAGCACGCUGAAGACAGUGCUUGCAUGAAGUUGACUUACCUGUCAAAACACAGAGAAGGCGCUAUCCUAGAGAUGGAAAAACUAUUAACCGCGUGGAUCGAAGCCCAGAAUCAGAAGAAUAUUCCUUUAAGCUUACUGGCAAUUCAAGUCAAGGCUCGAAGCCUCUUUGAAGAUUUAAAGGUAAAGUACCCUGAAGGAACACAGGUAUUUACAGCAAGCAGUGGUUGGUUUGCACGAUUUAAAAAUCGUGCAGGAUUUCAUAAUUUGCAUGUGUCCGGAGAGGCUAUUAGUGCAGCUGCUGAAGCAGCAAAAAAGUUCCCAGAGUUCCUGCAAAAAAUAAUAGAUGAAGGUCCCUACUUGCCGGAGCAAAUCUUCAAUGUAGACAAAACCGGCCUUUUUUAUCAAAAAAUGCCAUCUCGAACCUAUAUCUCGGUGGGGGGAAAAAUGACGCCGGGGCACAAGGCUUCAAAAAAUAGAGUUUCUCUUCUGCUUGGAGGGAAUGCCUCUGGGACUUGCAAAUUAAAACCUGUUGUUGUACACCACUCGGAAAAUCCUAGGGCAUUAAAAGGCAUCAGCAAGGCAACUCUACCUGUGCAUUAUUUUGCUAACCCCAAGACGUGGAUAACCCUUGAUAUCUUUGAACAAUGGUUUAUGCACUGCUUCAUUCCUGAAGUGGAGAAGUUUUGUAAUGAUAACGGCAUUCCUUUCAAAAUUCUACUGAUUUUGGAUAAUGCCCCAGGUCACCCUCUCCAUCUGGAUGAUUUGAAUGAAAAUGUAAAAGUGGUCUACCUUCCCCCUAAUACUACCUCAUUAUUACAACCUAUGGAUCAGGGAGUGAUUGCGGAUUUCAAGGCCUAUUAUUUACGUAUUACAUUUGCCAAGGCAAUUGCAGCUUUGGAUGCAGAUAAAGACUUGACACUGAGAGAUUUCUGGAAAUCCUAUAACAUUUACCAUGCAAUCCAGAAUAUCGCUAAGGCUUGGGAAGAUGUAACAGAAGCAUGUAUGAAGAGAGUUUGGAACAAAGUGUGCCCGCAGUUUGUUCCUGAUUUUAGCGGAUUUGACAAAGAUGAAACGUUAAAAGAAGCGAGUAAGACGAUUGUAAAAUUAAAACAGGAAUGGGAGCUGAAAGCGGAUGAGAAUGAUGUGAAGGGGUUGAUUGAGUCUCGUAGAGAAGAACUAUUGAAUGAGGAUCUGAUCGAGCUGCUAGCCGCAAAGAUUGAAGAAGAAGAAAGCGAAGCUUCCGAACCCGAGGUCGAGCCAAAAAGGUUCACAGUGAAGCGGUUGGCAGAAGCUUUUCACCACUUGGGUGAAUUUUUUUCUUCUAUUGAAAAAAUGGAUCCAAAUACUUCAAGAUUUUUUAAAGUUCAAAGACUAGUUGAGGAUAAUAUUGCUUGCUAUCGUCAGAUAUAUGAGGAAAAAAAGAGAGCCACCGUCUAAACAUCUCUUGAUAGCUUCAUAAAAGAAAAAGUUGUGCAGCCAACUACGAGUGAUAAAGGCUAGGUGCAGCGGGUGGAGAAGGAGCAACUUGCUGCACACCAAUGUUAACUCUACUGCACAGUCCUGUGCAUACUUUAUCGUUAACUUUGCCUUUCAUUUCAUAAUUCUGCUUAUUAUGGUACAGUAUUUAAUAUGUCUGUAUUUUAGUACAUUUCAAGACUUGCGUAAAGGUAUUAUUUUGUAUAUGCCUUUGUUAUAUAGGCUAAGUGAAGUGGUUGGGUAGAGGCAAAUUCUCAUUAUGUAAAAAUCACUUUAGGUAGAGGUCUGCAUAACAGUUCACUUAUGUAAAGGAAGAACUGUCUGUAUAAUGAAUAAAGAAAAGCCUUCAAGUCUAA